GUCCGAGGGGUCGAAUCUUUCAUAGCUGGACACAUACGAUUGUGAAAAGUUAAUUGGACGUUGUUUUUAUUUGUUGUUGAUUUUUUUGCGGAUAAGAGCAGAAAACAUUACAAAACAUUAAAAAUACUAUGAAAAUGGAAAUUUCUAAUAGUAGCUGCAUAGCAAAACUACAAAUAAGAUAUCAAUGGGACAAAAAGCUGACACUUAACACAAUUCAGUGAUAUUAUUACACGAGAAAAUACAGUAACUAUAAAUGUCCAUUGGAAAGUAUACCUCGUACAUUCAAUUAAUUGCGCAAAACUUGUUUCAUUUCUAAUACUGCAAAACGUCGCCUAAUGUGGGGCAGUGCUUGGAGCAUUUGCUGCAUCACUGCGUCAAAUGGGGGCGAGCUUAAAGACUUGGGCUUGAAUAAAACUGCGGUACAAAGACAAGACAAACGUCCUUUAAAAGAGACCAAACACCGAGGUCCCGUUUGGCAGAAUGUGUCUGUGUGAAAUUUUUCAAAACCCUUAGGAGCCAAGUACAAGUCUCAAUUUGCAAUCCUCCACAGGCAAGUGGUGGUGUCGUAACAAAGUGAAAAUGUCACAUUUCGUUACGUUUCACAAACAAACAAAAUGAAAAGAACCUGCUUGUACAUGAAUUGACUUUGACAGUAAACAGUAAACAGGAUUUGGUGUUCACAUACCAAGUCCGGUAAAGCAGGAUUUCGGAGAUCAACUCUCACAUGCAAUUACAUACAUAUUUACUUGUUAAACGCAAUUGAUUACUGUUGUAUUGCAUUAUUGUUCACUGUUCAGGCUAACAACCAGAAGAGAAGAUAUGUCUAGCCGGUGCUACGGCAAUUUGCCUCCUCGGGAACCGGGAUAUCCCCUAAUAGGAAACGUUGGUUUUAAAGCCGAGAUUCCAGAAAUUUUAAAUCUAUGGCAAAAACAUGGAGACUUGUUUACAUUGAAAGUAUUUGGACAGACCAUAAUCGUAGCUUGUGGACACCAAACGUUACAUGAGAUGCUGGAGAAACAUGGAGAAUAUUGUUGUGAACACCCUUGUGUAUAUGGAUACACUGAAUAUUUUGAAAGUUCAGGUAUAAUUGGUGCCUUUGAAAAUGUCUGGUAUGUUCAGAGGAAAUUCUUAAAAGACACAUUGACAUCAAUAGAUUCCGGAGGCUCAAAUCUAGAGACCCAUGUAGCCAAUGAAGUCCCAGAUUUUAUUAAUCAUGUAGAAAAUAGUGGAGGUCAACCUUUCAGUAUUGAUGAAUUGCUAAAGAAAAGUCAUUACAACAUCGUCUCAUCUAUCAUAUUUGGGAAAAGAUUCGAACUUGGAGAUGCCACAUUGACACGGCUUGUGGAAUUGGUUUAUGAAUCGACAAUUAAUACUCCAGAUCAAGCAGUCUUGUCUUUCUUUGAGUGGAUGAAAUACCUCCCAGGAGAUUGUUUAAAAGUAAGACGUCAGCGAUAUCUUAUCGACCAGAUUUUAGCAAUUAUACAACAGGAGGUAGAUGAACACAAGAAAGUCGAAGAAAAACCGAAUUCUACAGACCUGAUUUAUAGCUUUUUUAAAGAACAGGAAAGGAGAAAACAAAGCAAUGAGAAUCUGGUUGGCUUCCAAGACCGAGACUUGCUUCUGAUGGGAUAUGGACUUCUCCUCGGUAGCAUUGGCGGUAUUCUGGCCCUUCAGUGGGCGGUGCUUUACCUGAUGCAUCAUCCCAAAGUUGUCUCUCGCAUGCAGCGAGAAAUUGAGGAAAACGUUGGAAACAGCCGCCCUCCUACCAUGGCAGAUAAACCACGUCUUCCCUACUGUCAAGCGGUGAUGUACGAGGUACUCCGAGCAGCAUCAGUAAUCCAAGUUUCCCCGACUCAUUGCAUUUCCACUGAUUUAACGAUAAAUGGCUACCAUCUAAAGAAAGACUCGUGGAUACUGUUUGCGUUCUGUACGGUCAACAUGGAUCCGUCUAUUUUUAAAGAACCAGAAACAUUUAAUCCAGAUCGUUUCAUUAAUGAAGAUGGCCAAGUAUUUGGUUUUGAGAAGGUCAACGUAUCUUUCUCUAUAGGACCAAGAAACUGUGUUGGCGAACAAUUGGCUAAAAUGGAAAUGUUUCUUCUCAUCACUGCCCUAGUGCAGAAAUUUGACAUUGUGAACGAGGCCGAUACCCCAUUACCAUCCUUAGAGGGAAUGUAUGAUGGGGCACACCUCGUCAUCCCUUAUAAAGCGUGCUUAAAAAAAAGAGUGCAGUCCUCAUCGUUGAACACCAGUGAAUGAAAAUGAGAUUAGGCUCCGCUAUUCUGUGACGUAGGUAAAC